AUGGAGACCAAUAUCGUGGACCAGGAUUCUUCUGUGAGCAUUGAUACCUUCCAAGGGUCCUAUAUUUCUAAUUUGGUGAGCUCAUCGAAGUCCAUACAAAUUGAAUAUCCAACUGAUGCAUUCGACACUCCGAACCUACCUCUCAAUACCUCCGUCGUCUGGAUUCAUAAGCAUCAUGCUCCUAGAUCAUUGAUCAGGGUGCCUCUUCUUAAUGCCCUUGUCAAUGAUUCGAAUGUCCUCAAGUAUCUGAAACAACCUGAGGAGGGCAGCAAGAUCCAUGCAGACGCUCAAAUUCUCGAGAUCCUCGGGAAUCAUCCUCGGAUUAUCAGAUUUCACGGUUGA